GCUUCUGUUUAGCUGGAGAUCUUCCUGGAGCUGUAGCAGGGGAGGAGACUAAAGGAGCUAGAACUGGAGCCGCCUCCUCCCUGACCUCAUCAGCUGCUGCCCUAGCCCUGCUCUGUUCUGCUGGAGCUGCAGGCAUGGCUCUCUUCUUUCUAGCUCGUGGGGGACUAGGACUGAGGCAGGAGGGGGGAUAAUCGGCCACCAUUAGGGGAGACCAGACGCGCUGUCGGCCUGCACAUUGCUCCAGGUGCCCGUGACAUCACAAGAGGAGGAGGUAGCCCAUGGUGAAGAGGCCACAUUCACACAGAUGAACCACGCGUUGUGGCAGCACUGCAAGCCUAGAUAGCUGGACGGCAGACUGCUCAAGCAGGAUGCCAUCAACAAGUCGAGCUGGAAGCCUGAAGGACCAAGAUAUAGCAGAGCUGUUCUUCAGGGAUGAUCCAGAAAAACUUUUUUCUGAUCUUCGGGAAAUUGGCCAUGGAAGCUUUGGAGCCGUCUAUUUUGCACAUGAUGCGAGCACUAGAGAAGUGGUUGCCAUCAAGAAAAUGUCCUAUAGUGGGAAGCAGUCCAAUGAGAAAUGGCAGGACAUCGUCAAAGAAGUGAAGUUUCUACAAAGGAUAAAACACCCCAACAGUAUAGAGUACAAAGGCUGCUAUUUAAGGGAGCACACGGCGUGGCUGGUCAUGGAGUAUUGCCUAGGAUCUGCAUCAGACUUACUAGAAGUACAUAAAAAGCCAUUGCAAGAAAUAGAAAUAGCAGCAAUCACCCAUGGGGCAUUGCAGGGAUUAUCUUAUUUACAUUCUCAUAAUUUGAUCCAUAGAGAUAUCAAAGCAGGGAAUAUUCUUCUCACAGAGCCAGGUCAGGUGAAACUUGCUGACUUUGGGUCCGCUUCGAUAGCAUCUCCUGCCAAUUCUUUUGUGGGGACUCCAUAUUGGAUGGCCCCUGAAGUCAUUUUAGCCAUGGAUGAAGGGCAGUACGAUGGCAAAGUGGAUGUCUGGUCUCUUGGGAUCACAUGUAUCGAAUUAGCUGAAAGGAAACCUCCUUUGUUUAACAUGAAUGCAAUGAGUGCCUUAUACCACAUAGCGCAGAAUGAGUCCCCCACGCUUCAGUCUAAUGAAUGGUCUGAUUUCUUCCGGAACUUUGUAGAUUCAUGUCUCCAGAAAAUCCCUCAAGACCGACCAACAUCGGAUGAGCUGCUGAAGAACAUGUUUGUCCUUCUGGAACGGCCAGAAACUGUUUUAAUUGACCUGAUCCAGAGGACGAAGGAUGCCGUGAGAGAGCUGGAUAAUCUACAGUACCGUAAAAUGAAGAAGCUGCUUUUCCAAGAGGCUCACAAUGGGCCAGCUGUGGAAACACACGAGGAGGAAGAGGAACAAGAACAUGGAGUUGGCCGAACGGGAACAGUAAACAGCAUUGGUAGUAAUCAGUCCAUUCCUAGCAUGUCCAUCAGUGCCAGUAGCCAAAGCAGUAGUGUGACUAGUCUUCCAGAUGCCUCUGAUGACAAGAGCGAGCUGGACAUGAUGGAGGGCGACCAUACUGUGAUGUCAAAUAUCUCUGUCAUUCAUUUAAAACCAGAAGAAGAAAACUACCCCGAGGAACCAGAGCCUAGAACGCGACCUUCAGAACCACAUUCUCCUCCCCAAGUUUCCCGUCACAAGUCUCAUUAUCGGAACCGUGAGCACUUUGCCACCAUACGCACAGCCUCCCUGGUGACGAGGCAAAUUCAGGAACAUGAGCAAGACUCGGAACUCCGCGAACAGAUGUCCGGCUACAAACGCAUGAGGCGGCAACAUCAAAAGCAGCUGAUGGCACUGGAGAACAAGCUGAAGGCCGAGAUGGAUGAGCAUCGUCUCCGGCUUGAUAAAGACCUUGAAACCCAACGGAAUAACUUUUCAGCAGAAAUGGAAAAACUUGUUAAGAAACACCAGGCAGCUAUGGAGAAAGAGUUAAAGUCAAUAGCCAAUGACGAAAAGAAAUUCCAGCAGCAUAUUCAGGCACAACAGAAAAAAGAGCUUAACAACUUUCUGGAAUCACAAAAGCGGGAAUAUAAACUGCGCAAAGAACAGCUGAAAGAGGAGCUAAAUGAAAACCAGAGUACGCCAAAGAAAGAGAAGCAGGAAUGGCUUUCCAAACAGAAAGAGAAUUUCCAGCAUUUUCAGGCCGAAGAGGAAGCGAAUCUUUUGCGUCGUCAGAGACAGUAUCUAGAUUUGGAGUGUCGCCGCUUUAAAAGACGAAUGCUCCUGAAUCGACAUAAUUCCGAGCAGGACCUGGUUAGGGAGGAGUUAAAUAAAAGGCAAACCCAGAAAGAUUUGGAACACGCCAUGCUUCUGCGACAGCACGAAUCCAUGCAGGAGCUUGAGUUUCGCCAUCUCAAUACUAUUCAAAAGAUGCGCUGUGAGCUUAUAAAGUUACAACACCAGACUGAACUCACAAACCAGCUAGAAUACAACAAGAGACGGGAGCGGGAAUUAAGGCGUAAGCAUGUUAUGGAGGUCCGACAACAACCGAAGAGUUUAAAGUCCAAAGAGCUGCAGAUUAAAAAGCAGUUCCAGGACACAUGCAAGAUCCAAACCCGGCAGUAUAAAGCUCUACGGAACCACCUCUUGGACACUACACCAAAGAAUGAACACAAGGCAGUGCUGAAACGGCUGAAAGAGGAGCAGACUCGCAAGCUGGCUAUACUGGCUGAGCAGUACGACCAUAGCAUUAAUGAGAUGCUGUCCACACAAGCUUUGCGUUUGGAUGAGGCUCAGGAAGCAGAGUGCCAGGUCUUGAAGAUGCAGCUGCAGCAGGAGCUGGAACUACUUAAUGCUUAUCAAAGCAAAAUUAAAAUGCAGGCGGAGGCCCAACACGAACGAGAGAUACAUGAGCUGGAACAGAGGGUUUCCCUUCAUAGAGGCCUUUUAGAACAGAAGAUUGAAGAAGAAAUGCUGGCUCUGCAGAAUGAACGCACUGAGCGGAUACGAAGCUUGCUGGAGCGCCAAGCCCGGGAGAUUGAAGCAUUUGACUCUGAAAGCAUGAGGCUAGGCUUUAGCAACAUGAUUCUUUCUAAUCUCUCCCCCGAGGCGUUCAGCCACAGCUACCCGGGAGCUUCUGGCUGGUCCCAUAAUCCCACAGGAGGCCCUGGCCCUCAUUGGGGUCACCCCAUGGCUGGACCACCACAAGCCUGGGGCCACCCAAUGCAAGGUGGGCCUCAACCAUGGGGUCAUCCCUCAGGGUCUGUGCAAGGUGUCUCUCGUGGUAGUACGAUGGGGGUCCGCAACAGCCCCCAGGCUCUGAGGCGGACAGCUUCAGGGGGACAGACAGAGCAGGGAAUGAGCAGGAGCACAAGUGUUACUUCACAGAUAUCCAAUGGUUCACACAUGUCUUACACAUAGCUCAAAGAAAAAACUCUAUGAGCUUUCAACACAAACUGCCUAGAGAUGUCCUCACAACAGUUCCCUCAUUGGUAAAUGAGCAGCUGCCAAAAAAAAGCUUCCUACACAUGCUGUAUUUUGAUCAUUUUGUACAGGGUUAAAGUGAUGUGUGUUAUCUUCAGUAUGAUUGCAAUAGCUGCUGGAGUUCUGUCAGGCAGACUGGGGUGCAGGAAGACAGGGGUGUAACUAGCAAAUAUUGGACUGUGCUAAGAGUAAACGUGGGGUGGGGGAGAAGCUGGAAACCAAAAGCAGUUCUUUUCAAACUCGUUCAGCACAUGGACUUAUUUAUUUGCUCCAUCCCAUUAAGGGUCUCUCUUGUCACCUCUGCAUAAUAACAGUGCCCUUUGCUGUUGUGUAGUCAAUAGUCCAGUCUUUACUUUACGUAAUCCUUCAUCUAGGCAGGAGUAACGUAGAAUCAACAUCUUUUAUUUACUGCUUUACCACAAAUGAAUUUCAUUUGAAUUUGGCCCUGAUAUCCUAUCAUCGGCUACAUGUAUGAAUCCAGAGUGAACGGCUUCCUACGAUAAUUUGUCAGUCCGAAUUUGGCAAUUGAGGGUAUAAUUGCUGUCGCCUUCAUUACAUCCAUGGAGAUUUGGUUUUUACUUUGUCGUGCUUUUAAUUCUUUUAUCCUUAAAUCCUUGAAAUCACUCAGCAAGUAGCAUGCCCCUGUAUUUAUAGCUACAGCAAAUGUUCAGACCAUAUAUUUGUUGCAGAGCUUCUAGUUAUGAAGCGAUUAGUGUACGCCAUUACUCUAGAUCUGGCAUUGGCAGCCCCAGAAAUUGUGCAUGGUCCAUGCUGAGAGAUGCCAGGAGUUGAAGCUGUAUCUAAUGUUGCCAAUGGGCACUUGAAGAAGGGGGCACACCCUGAAACGUUUGCCAGAACACAGAGUGCUUCAUUGGAAUUGCUUUGUAGUGACGUCCUAACACUUGUUGUUUCAUUUGCCAUAGCAUUUAUUGACUAGCCACUAAUACACUGUUUUCCUUUUGUAAGACAUCAUGAACCUGUGCUGCUGUGUGAUGUCGUUUAAGGUGGAUGGCAUGUAUGUGGGCGUUUAAAUAUGGAGGACGGUGUAUAUAGAAUUCACUAAUACUUUGGUUCUUAUAGUAGUGCCAAUGGCUGGAUAAUCGGCCCAGGUCGGAGUGUGGGGUCGCCAAUUCAUGUUGGAAGUUUUGCAGAAGGACUGGGAAGUAAGAAAGGU